GGCUUCUGCUGCACGCACCAAGGGCUGCACACGGAGGGCUGUGCCCAGCGCACGCCCGUUGGACACCACAGCCGCACGGAUGGCUCCUGCAAGGCCAGCCGCUCACUUCUCCACAGCCAGAGAACGGGGCUCCCCUCACCGGGGUGGUGUCUUGUGGCGGGGGGCUGGGCCAGGCUGCCCCCCUGCCCACCCCGGCACUGCCACGGGUCGGGUGGGCAUCGCCCGCAGCGCUCCCCCUUCACUGGGGCAGAAGGGACCGUUCUGUGCAGCACAAGCCGACUCCGUCCGCAGCCGGACACGAGCUGGGCAAGGAUGCGUUUUCAACCUGCCCGGUCGGUCUCAAUUUGAACGCUGCGUUCAUCGCCCUGCAGCGCUUCGGGGACACUUCUUCCUUCUCCUUUCGCGAUGGCCCUUGCACGAGCACCUCCCGGCGUGCCCAAGAAAGGAGCCUGCCGCCUGGACAGCUGCACAGGGCGUGCUUCCCGGCUAGUGGGGGUGGGGGGCUCCCCGUGUUAACCUUUGCUCCUUGUUUCUAGUUUGAGCCUGGCUGGUUUCCAUCUCCAGCCACUGGCUCUUUUUGCCAGACAACGCUCCCCCACGGUCCCCUUCGCUGCUGCAGCGAGGGACGAGGCGAUCGAUGCAGCCCGCGCUCCCGGCCAUUGUUCUGGGAGCCGUUCCUAGGGGCCGGAGCACGGGGAGCGGGGGCAGCAGCCGGCAAAGGGAAGCAGAGGAGGGCUUUGCGAUCCAGCAGCGUUCACCCGCCCCUGCUCGGGCCUUGCCGACAGCGUGCGGGGCAGUUUGCUGGAGCGGGCAGCGGCAGAGCCUGCUCUGGGCUCGCGCAGCAAUGGGGGAAGCUGCCCCAGGGGAGGCCCAGGGGCUGGGCAAGGCGGUCUGAGGCCAGGCGGGCAGCCCUAGGCAAGGCAGCGCCGGUUUAGUGCAAAGCGUGAACUUAGGCGUGCGCAGAAGGCGCCCAAUGCCCUCCAGGCCGGCGCGGAGGCAGAGGUUGGCGCAGGGCGCUGCACCGGCGCUGCCACAGCCGCUGUUACGCUGUGGGGCCGAGUCUAUUCCCACACCCGUGCUUGUGUCGCAUGUCUGGCCGUGGCAUCGGGCACUGGGCAGCAGCCUCGACCCUGGUCACAGCCUGUCCUAAGGGCCGGGGCCUGGUCGAGGCUGUGGCAGGCUGCCAGGCUGGAGGUUUUGCAGCCCAGCGACUAGUUCAUGCUGAAAUAGCCCGGGAGAGGCUGCGGCAGGUCUUCACGGUGCCCGGUCAGCAACCUGCCCUGCCCGCCGGAGCUGGGAGCGCUCUCGGCACGAGGCCAGGGCACUGCUGCCCAGCGAGGGGAUGCCCGGCCUCUCCCUGAUCCCCUCUAAUCCCGCUGACGGUCCAAGCGAGGCAGCAGGAAACCUGAGCUCUGGCCAGCUGCGUGCAGCCAGGAGCCCGGCUCUGCCUCCCUCCUCCGAGCGCUCAAAAUAAUCUCUCAGCCCUCAGGAAAUUCCAGAAAUGCUCCUGCGCCGCUCUGGGGCGGGGGGGGCGGCCGCGGGGAAGUGUGCGGGGGCCUGCCCAGGGCGAGCCAGGUGGCACGUACGGGUCUCUUGGCAGGAGCUUGUGCCGCAGCCAGCCUGGAGGUCUGCAGCAAGCUGCAAGGCAUGGAGCAGGCUGCCGAGGACGAAGGAGGCCACCACCCCGCGCAGCAGGGAGACGUGCUCCAUGGGCGCUACCAGGUGCUGCAGCGCCUGGGCUCCGGGUACUUCGCCACCGUCUGGCUGUGCCAGGACCGGGCGGAGAAGCGUCAUGUUGCUGUGAAGGUGCCCAAGGGCGGUGAGGCCUUUGCUGAUGCAGCCCAGGACGAGAUCUCUCUUCUCCGAUGUGUCAACAGCAUGAAGAAAAAGGACCGGGCAGGAGAGAACAUUGUCCAUUUAUUAGAUGACUUCAAAAUGAUUGGAGUGAAUGGCUUCCAUGUGUGCUCGGUCUUCGAGUUGCUGGGUCCCUCUCUGCGAUGCCUGAUGAGGAUCCACGGUGCCCAGGGCCUCCCCUUGCCUUUUGUGAAGAAAGCCUUGCUGCAGUGCAGUUCCUGCGCGAUCAAGCGAGUCUCCCUGCUGAGCCAUGCACUGGCCUCUUGCCUGAACUUCCUGGGCUUCCCGUGCAGAGCAUCGAAACACCUGCCCGCACGCAGCGCGGCUCCCUCCACGGUCCUGGCAGGAUUGCACUUCCUGCACAAGCACUGCCGUAUCAUCCACGCAGACAUCAAGCCAGAGAAUAUCCUGCUGCACGUGAGCGAGGCGAGUCUGCAGAGCUUUCUAUGUGAUGCAGAUGCCUGGAACCAGAGCCCAGGUGUGGGUCCACUGAGGUCAGGGGAUGAUCUCGUGCGUCAGUUGGAUCCCUGCGACAUAAUGAAACUGGGAGUGAAAAUCGCAGACCUAGGCAGCGCGUGCUGGACGUACAAGCCCGUCUGCAAAGAGAUCCAGACUCAGCCGUACCGAGCCCUGGAAGUCCUUCUUGGCUUAGAUUACAGCACUCCCGCAGACAUCUGGAGCACGGGCUGCCUGGCCUUCGAGAUGGUGACCGGCGAGCGCCUGUUCGACCCCCGGCCCGGGGACUGCUGCUCCCUCGACGAGGAUCACAUCGCUCGUGUCAUCGAGCUGCUGGGCAGCAUCCCGCCCCGCAUGGCCCUCUCCUGGAAGGGGGCCGCCGCCUUCUUCAGCAGGCGAGGCGCUGGUGCUGACCGGGAACACGUCGGCGGAGGCGGCGGCGCAGCUCUACUUCGGGAGCCUGGAGGCGCAGGAGGCGGCGGGGCGGGACGGCGAGUACAAGAUGGUGCUGGUGGUGAACACGGAGCUGUCCAUGGGCGCCGGCAAGACGGCGGCGCAGGCGGGGCACGCGGCCGUGGGGCUGUACCGGCUGGCGGAGCAGCAGCCCGCGGGCCGGGAGGCGUUGCAGUGCUGGGAUGAGUGCGGCUAGUGCGAAGAAGGUGGUGGUGCAGGGCACGAACGCUGCCCACCUGAUGGACCUCCAGGCCCUGGCGCUCAGCCUGGAGCUGCCCACGUA